AUGCCGGUCGUGGCGCACCAGGGGCCCGUGCACCGCCCCCCCCCCCUUUUCCCGUCGCCUUACGUGGCGACCCAGGGGGGGGGGGUGCGCGACCUGGGGGGGCGCGCGUCGCCCCUUCUUCCGCCUGCUCUGGCGCCCUGGGAGGCCGCGCGUCGGCCCCCCGUACUCCCCCCCCACCCCCCCUCAGGUCGCCUCAACAGGCGACGGGAGGGGCGACCUGGAGGGGGGGGGGGCGUCGCCUCAACAGGCGACGGGAGGGGCGACCUGGGGGAGGGGGGGGCACGCGUCGGAGCAGGCGCCCCUGGUGCAGGCGCCCCUGGAGCAGCCGCCCCUGGUGCAGCCGCCCCUGGUGCAGCCGCCCCUGGUGCAGCAGCCCCUGGAGCAGCCGCCCCUGGUGCAGCCGCCCCUGGUGCAGUGUUGGCUGGGGGAGCAGUAGAGGGGGGGAGGGGACCUGCAGCACCUGCCCCCCCCCCCCCCCCCCCCCCUUUCUCCUACCUCCCCCUGCUGCGGGUACAGCAGUGGGGGGAGGGGAUCUGCCAUCCCCCUGGUGCGGAUGCGGCAGUGGGGGGAGGGGACCUGCAGCACCUGCCUGUCCCCCCGCCCCCCCCCCCCCCCCCCCCCCAUCUCUCUGCUGCGCCCCGCGCGCCCUGCUGCCCUGUGCGCCCCGUGCGCCCUGCUGCCCUGCUGCCCUGUGUGCCCCGCGCGCCCUGCAGCCCUGUGCGCCCCGCGCGCCCUGCUGCCCUGCUGCCCUGUGCGCCCCGUGCAGCAGUGGGGGAGGGGGUGUAG